CUGCGCUGCGUGAGCGGGCUAUCGUAAUUUUAUGCAAUUUUAUAUUUUGGAUUUUUUUAUCGUCUGCAAACGCGAAUCGGAUAUGGAGUGUUUGAGUCUUUGUUUAAUAAAUUAAAAGCUGUUUGUUAGAAGUGUUUUUAAAAAUACAUUUUUAAUUAAUCAGUCAUAUUUUAAGCGAUUGAUCAAUCAUGGCCACCAUACCAAUAGCUUGUUUAUAUACCACCACGUGCUGCAAGACAUUAUUAAUUGCUAGCAACACACGGACAUCUCUAUCACGCACACUGCCAAGGCUGCUGUGGACACGCAAUGUGCAUACGCAACGUAUCAACAAGAAUCUUCUCUACAUUUCCAAUGACGACACGAAAAUUCACACAGAUCUCAAAACUAUGAAGUUAAGCAAACCAAACAACAAACCACUGUGCAUAAUGCUGAGCUGGUUAUUGGCGACCAAUAAGCAAAUGAUGAAGUACGCUAACAUUUACCUUCAAGAAGGAUUCGACGUGCUGAGGGUGACUUGCGAACCGUGGCAGCUACUGUGGCCCAGGAAGGGUGCAAAGGUUAUCGCACGAAACUUGCUACAGUUGAUGUAUGCCAACGAUAUUCCUUACAUGGUGCAUGGAUUCUCAGUGGGCGGCUACGUGUGGUCGGAAGCCAUGGUUCACGCAAUGACUGAUAAAGAAAAGUACCAACCAGUAUUAGACCGCGUGGAGGCCCAGGUGUGGGACUCAGUCGCCGACAUCACCGAGGUGUCAGUGGGCGUGCCACUAGCCUUGUUCCCUAACAGCAAAAUUGGUCAGAAGAUUACGAAAAGUAUUAUUCUUGCGUACCUCAAAGCAUUGUACAACGUGGGUACGGUCCACUACGAGAAAGCGUGUGAGACGUACUACGCGUCGCCGUGCCGCGCGCCGGCCUUGUUCCUGCUGUCCAGCACCGACCCCGUCGGCAACGAGCGCAGGAUACGACGGGCGUGCGACUUGUGGAUACAGAUGGGCAUCAAGUGUACAUGGCAGUGCUGGCCCCGCUCGCCGCACGUUCAACACUACCUCAAACACCCGCAAGAGUACGAGCAACUCGUACGCGCGCAUUGCAGGGCCUACGUGUCUGCGCUGCGCCCCGAAUUAGACACCCCUCUCGAUGCGCGCUGCGAGACAUUGGAGCGUUCUGCUAAAUCUGCUGUAAACUAAUUUAAGCUUCUAAUAUACAAAACACGCGUCAAAAUUUGUUCAACACGACUAGCGACUCCUAGAAGUUGUAGGUAUUUUAUAAAGAGAAAUUAGGAAAGCUGUUCCUGUUUGAACUUCGAAAAAGAUUCAUAAAAACCAUUGAUAGGCCAGGGUUUUGCAACCUGCUUAUCAUGUUUACCUGCUCCAAUACUAUACUUACCUAGUGCUAAAUAUAACACACACACAGACACAUUUACGUAUACUGUAUUAAUUAUUAUGAGAAUAUAUUGUGAAGUUAUGUACAUGGAAUGACUGUAAUA